UUGAGCUUUGUUUUCAGCACAAUGUUUAAAACGUAGUGCUACUGCGUCGCCCUGAAGCAUGGCUUCUCAAGGUAGUUACUAUGAUGCUUAUUCUUUUUCGCUGUUUGCAAAAGUAAAACAUUUGACUUGACGCCACCUGACUUUUAUAAGAAGUUUGAAGACCUGGCAAAACUGAUAGAGUCAGUGGUAACCUAGAAAUAAAAACAACCUAAUCUGCCCAUUUUGAUGAAAACCCUAUCCAUUUUGGGGAAAUGGCACAAAAUACCACGAUCUCCCCAAGUAUGGAGAAAUUCCCCGAAAUUUCUGAGAUUCCCUUAAAAUUUUCAUAAGGCUUUUUAAACACUUCGGGGAAAUCUGUUAAUGUAUAUUAGCUAAAACCCCAACAUUUUCCGCAAUUUUGAGUGAAUUCUGCAAUACUUCUCGUUUCUACCCAGUGUUCCUCCAAAAUUUUCAACAACUUUAAGGAAACCCAACUACUUUUUGUGACCAAACCACAAUACUUUGCCGCUUUUUUGGGACACUGCACGAUUUCCGGUUAUCCCAAAUACCGCAUUCGAAAAGCAGCAAAAUGACCGAUAGCCAUGAAAAGCUUGGCGAUUUAAUAAUAAGCUUCCAAGAGGUUCUACCCAUCUGUUCCAUUUCUUUCUAUUAACUUCUCAGUGAACGCAGUACCAAAGCAAUUUAACUAUAAUUGGUAAUAAGAACCACUCAGUACUGCCGUAAUAAAAAGACUGAUGCGUUAUACAUAAAAAUGUUUAUUAAAUUCUAAUAAAGAACGAAUUAUCUAAUAAUACAAUUUCUUCCAGUUCUUAACAAUUGAUCAUGUGUUUUGGAUAAGUACAUUAGGUUGAUGUUGAACUUUUAUUCACAACAAUCUACCAAAAGAAAAAGGAGUUACUCUUCAGUAAACAAACAAAUGUCCUGGCAAUCAUCCAACUUAAAGAUGAUCAAGAACGACCUAUUUAAAGAAACGUCUGGUAGAAUUUAGGUGUACUUACCUUUUAUUGUCAACGGUAUGACGAAUUCGUUGUUCCUCAUAUGGAUUUAUCUUGUCUGCAAAAUUCAAUAGCAUAUCAGAAAGUUCUUGAAGAACCUUGGACUUACCUUCACAAUUGGGAUUCUCUAACUCCAAGUGUCCAACAAGAGGUGGCACAAAACUUCCUAAGUGAACUAAGCUCACUUAAAACUGAAAUGGCGAUUACCCAAGGCGUAUUUGAUCCUUCCAUGUUUGUUAAUCAGGAUGUUUCAUGUGAUACAGCAGUAUGUUUUGAUGACAAACUCUUUUGUCUUACACAAUCUCAAAUAUUUAUUUGUUUUAACUGAAAUAAAAAAACGUAGAUGAGAUAAGGCCUUUAUGUCUUUAUAGAUGGUCACUGUUCUUCAGGAAAAAUUCUUCCUACUUAUCAAAACUGUAUAAAGCUUAGAUCUGUACAGCAUUAUAACAUCCUAAAAUAAAUGUUUAGUGGUCAUCUAGAAAGAACGCAUUGAAAAAACAUUGGUCAAUUUCACAAAUAUGGUCUUAUUAUAUUCCUCUGCCAAGAUUCCGAAACAUACGGAUACAUAUAAUCCUUAUCAAUAUUAUUCUUUAGCUCAAAAUCAAUAAUUAAUCAGAAUAGAUGGGAUGUUAUAACUGUAGGCUAGUCGGUUAUUUCUAGUUGAAUAUAUAAGUUACGACCUAAGUUUGCUUUCAUUAUUUAUUUUUUUGAAUAUCGUAUUCUGCUCUUACACAGAAAGCGUUUAUUCUAAGCUAUUCCGUAUGUGUGAAUUAAGAUCUGAAAAUCUUUGAGAUUUUCUGUGUCACAUCUAAAGCUUGAAGUUCUGAGUCCAUUCAAGCUUAUUCUUACAAAAGUAGCAAAGGAAAAAGAUGAUCAGUUGACGACAUGUCGCCGUAAAAUCCGUGAUUUUUACGAUGAUUUAGUUCUUGGUGUUCGUACAUCACGAUUACGUCAACGAAAUCCUAGAAAUUAUACCAUUCAGUAACUUGAGUCUUUGUGAAAGGUAUCCCACAAUAAAAUCACCAGUAUUCUUAGAAUACAAUAUCGAAACCCAUCUUAUGUUCUGGUUUUAGACAUGAACAUUGAUAUUAUAAUUAUAUGACUUUCCUAUCUUUGUUUUGUAUGUAGUAUUUUUAAUACGUCGUAAGAUUUUGCGUUAAGAAACAGAUAAAAUAGAAGUAGAACUAUAAGAGGAAGAGCGAUGGGCCGUAAUUUAUUAACCAUGAAGAUCCACAAAGAUGAUGGUGGUCCAGUUUUGGAAACUAAGUUUAAACACUAGCUGUACAUAAUCUCAUCUGACCGGCUUCUAUCUCUAACCCCUCCAGUUUACACGAAAGAACAAUAGUUCUGUUGUAAUAACCACAGAAGAAUCAUUUUGAUUAAUAUAGGAUCCAACACUUAACUAUGGCUCAUAAAGGUCGAACGUAAAACAAUCAGGCUAAUUUCAUACCUGGACAUGGAUGGAUUGAUCAAAUGCUCAUUCUUAUGGUUUUGAAAUCCAGGCAUACUUACUGACGUCGUACUUUUAUUGUAUUCCUUGGUCUUGUGUCGUCGUUUAACUCUUUUGGACUAGAAGUUGUAUGUCAAUGUUCGCCAUCGAAAAGUGUACAGAAAUUGUUUGUAAACCUUGUACAGGCUCUCUACUCGAAUACCAUUGGUUGAGUCAAAGUUUAUGGGGAUUUUUUACCAGAAUUGUUGACCUCAAAUGAUUUUUGGCAAUUGUCGCUUACUGUCCAACGUUUUAUUUAAAUUCUUUGUAUUAUCCUCCCAGAAUUAACGCCAUUCGUCUAACUUUUUAGAGGUUGGCCUUUUACCACGAAGUUCGCUUAUCGACUUGGAAUAUUCAGAUGACUUAGUCCUAUAUGAUAAAGACGUUGACAAAAUGCAGCCUUCUGAUCGCCUUGAGCAACAAUGCAAACAUAUUGGGAUAUGACUCAUUCUUUAAAAGUAAAACGUUAUUUCAGGACUGUUCUGCAUUGACCCCCUUUAGUAAUCGUAGAAAAUGAAGUACUUUUGCGUGUUGAUCACUUGAGUUUCAUCAACGCUAGCGGGUUGGUGUCUAGUUAAAUCUGCACACGAAUAAAAAAAGUUUGACUGCCUUUUGCUAACUUUUUGUGCAAACAAGUUCUCUGUCUUCCAGCUAAAAUGCAUGUAAACUGCUCUCUGCAUCAUUUUAUAGCUAUAAAACAUAAAAAUCGUAAGUAGAAGACAUAAUUAGUCUGUGAGCUUUUGAUCAUAGUUGUCUUACAGCCAUUAGUCACGUUGUGCGGGGCUAACUAUAAGAGAAAGAUCCAGUUAAUGUUUUUUUAUCACAGGUUUGAUUUAUACUCCUUUUAAUUCUUUCAGUUUACUGAAACCUGAUACAAGUACUAUGCUAUUAAGUUUCCAUUUUUUUAACUAGAGUAGUUAAUGAGUAAAAUAUGACAUUAGUCAGUUUCAUUUAUAUACCCAUAGAUUCUAAGUUAAUUAUUUUUCUACUUAAUAUGAACAAGAAUACUCAGUUGAUAAUUUUUCCAUUCAUUCAUCUAGGCUUCUGGACAAAAUGGUAAUACAACGGAAAAUCAUGCAAACACCAAGUGAUGUUUUGAUUAUUUAUUUUUCUUACUGUUCUAAAUAAAGUUUGCAAAAAUUACAAUCGUGUUUUUGUUUUUUCAUUUAGUUCUAAAGACUAUAUAGAUUGAU